AUGAAGAUUACGUUACACAACGUGCUGGCUUGCUCUUAUUCAAUCCUCACAAUUCUUUCCAAUCAACGCACAGAAGCUCGAGCCCUCGAAGAUUUAGAUCCUCGAACCGCUCACCGCUUAGGAACUAGGGACCUUCGCCGGGUAAAGGCCCGACCCCUUCGCCGUCGCGCUAUUCCACACGGGAUUUAUCAUAGCUGUACCGGAGGGGGCUUGAGCAGAAUUUGUGAAGAUACCAUUCGUGCAGGUUGGACAGAUGGCACUUUAAAGACCAUCAAAACGGAAGUCCGUUCGUUUACUGAUGGAACUCAUCCUUGCAAGGUUACCGUCUGGACUGAAACUGCGGAACUCAAACUUGUCUCGGUGGAGCAGCUCUUGGAGGCAAUGCUGCAAAUCGAUGACUAUUGCACUGCGAUAGACUUGAAAGUGGCUACUCCUUGCGAGGAUUCAUCCGAUUACGAAGGAGUCUUCGUUGGGAAAUUGGUAAGGCAAACAAUCCCCUUAAACAAAGGCAUCCUCCCAUCAGAAUUCAUGAUACCUUCUCCGCACAAGGAAUAG